AUGGCCCUUAGAAUCUUUGCGGACGUUGGGAAUGUAAAAAAUUGUGCCUCAAUGUUCCCCAAGACAGUUUCGGCUUGUCAACUUGUGGCGCAAGAGGCGAAGACUCGAGCUAUGAAAAAAUUGAACGAGAUAUACUCCUGCCCGGAUGCCUCACGUACGUUUGCUAACACCGCCGAGUUGGCUGAUAUUGCGGCUGCUGAAUUUGAUAUAUCGACAAGUUUGCUAUCCGUUGCCAUGAGUGUGUUGCCAGACGAAUCAACCCGGGAGGAAGCGAACAAGCAAAUUGUGGAGCUCAAGUCAUUUGAAAUUGAUAAUUUCCAGUCUAACAAGCGUCUUUUUGAGGCUCUUAAGACGGUUUCUUUGAGCCCUGGGUACAAGGAGGAAUACAUCAACGGCUCGAAGAACAAGGAGUAUUCUUACUGGCUUGAGGAAGAACUUCGGGAUUACCGACGAAAGGGGAUGGAAUUACCAGAAGACAAGUUUAACGAGGUCGUGGCUCUACAAAAAGAGCUAUCGGCGUUGUGCACAACAUUUUCUCGGAAUAUCAGUGAGGACAAAAGCCAGGUUCUGGUUUCGGCUGAGGAGCUAAAGGGCGUGCCAGAGAAUGUCAUCAAUGGCUUAAAAAAGACCGAUGAUGGGAUGUACAUUUUAAAGAUGGACUAUCCAACAUUCUUUGGUGUGAUGAAAAAUUGUGAGGUGGCUGCGACUCGUAAGGCCAUGGCCCGAGCAGCAGCCAACAAAGCCUAUCCCAUGAACGGAGCUGUCCUGAAAGAGAUGAUCGCAAAACGGCAAAAGUUGGCGGAGCUCCUUGGAUUCCCUUCGUACAGCUAUCUUAACUUGGAUGACAAGAUGGCAAAGUCUCCCGAUAUCGCUCGGAGUUUUGUGGAUGAUCUUAUUCCUCGUCUCCAGAAAAAGUGGAAGUCCGAACUGGAGAUGAUAAAAAAGCAUUUGCAUGAGAGCUGUGUUCUAACAGAAGAGGGGCUUCUACAGGAGUAUGAUGUAUCGUUUAUGAUGAAUCAAAUCAAAAAGAACCAACUCAACGUCAGCGAAACAGAAAUUCAGGAGUAUUUUCCUCUUGAUGUGACGGUAAAGGGCCUGUUUGACAUUUAUCAGGCCUUUUUCGACCUAACUUUUACGCGUAUUGAUAACGGCUCGGAGCUUUGGGACAAGGAUGCCUUCACUCUUCAUGUGGCGGAGAGGGCAACUGGGAGAACAUUGGGGCACGUGAUUUUGGAUCUCUUUCCACGUGAUGGCAAGUAUUCGCAUGCCUGCUGCCAUUCAGUGGUUCCCCCUGUUCUGUUGGAGGGUGCCGAAGACGAAUUCUCACCAGCUUUGGCUGUAGUCAUUGCCAACUUCCCUGCUCCAUCAGGAGAUCAGCCGGCACUGUUCCUCCACGAUGAUGUGACGACUUUCUUCCAUGAGUUUGGUCACGCUAUUCAUGGACUCAUGGGACGCAGUCGAAUGGCUACUUUUGCGGGAACAAAUGUCAAGUGGGACUUUGUUGAAUUGCCUUCGCAGAUGUUGGAAGAAUGGGUUUGGGAACCUGAAAUACUUCGAAAGAUAUCGUCCCAUUAUAAAACCAAAAACAAGUUGCCAAGCAAGCUCGCCGAGGCCAAGGUUAAAUCCCGAAAUGCAUUCAGUGGACGGGAUGCUUUGCGCCAACUGGAGUUUGCCACCUACUCACUGGAAAUCUUUGGCGCACCGUUCGCAAAUGCGAAGGAUCCAAGUAACUUGGAUACCACCAAGCUGAUGAUUGAUAUCCGAACACGCAUAACCCCUGAAAUCAAAUGUGAGAGUGGUACGCACUUUGAAUGUGGUUUUGGCCACCUCACUGGUUAUGGUGCUGGUUACUACGGCUACAUGUGGUCUAAGGUGUUUGCCCUCGACGUUUAUGAUUACAUCAAAAGCCGAAGCGGUCUUUUGGACCCCAAUCUUGGGAGACGUUAUGUGACAGAAAUCAUUGGUGUUGGGGGUGGUCGGGACCCCAGUGAUAUGCUGAAGAAGUUCUUGGGACGAGAGCCUAACAACAACGCGUUCUUGAAAAAUCUCGGUGUCUAG